AUGGGAAUCACGUACUCUCAUCAUAAAGAAUCAGUUUAUGGUGGAAAUGUGAUGAAUAAGGAAAUAGACAGAGCGAAGCUGGUGCGAGAGCGUCAGAGCGAAGAGCGCGUGCGCAAACUUGAAGAGCUACGCCAGCAGGCUCUUGCUGCUCAGCGCUUUCGCAAUCAACGUGAUGAGGAGAGGCGUAAGCGAAUCGAAGAACUCAGAAGUCGGGAUAUUGAUAGGCGAUGUCAGGUAGAAGAGCGUAAGCGCCAAAUUUAUGAAGCAGACCAAGAACGACGUGAAGCAAUAAUACGCAAAAACCAAGCACGUGAGGCACGCAUCGAGGCUAAGCGGAAAAACGAGCGUUCACAUAUUGUGUUCGCAUUCGGAAGCUCGACGCCUCGUAUGCUCGAACCUGGAGACACUGGGGGUACUGGUGCUAGUUUCUGGGGUACACGGCGGGCUACGUCGACCAGCAAUGUAAUGAUGUCUUUGUUUACCUCCAGCUCCUCGGGACUUCAACCCCUUACGAGACGUUCUUCUGAGCGUGAACUCGACGCUGGCAGUAAAAAGCGUGCCAUCUCGGCUAGUGGUCUAGACCGCAAACCUGGAGAAGGUAACGAUAGCGAGUUAUACUUCAGUGCUGGUGGUGUUGGUCUUACGACUUCGGCCUCCUCGUCCUUUAGCAGUGGGGACUCGGUAUCGCGUCACGUAAACCGCCGACGUACUGAUCUGAUGCCAACGUUACCCUCGCCCCGAGAUAGCAGCAAAGAAUAUCCAAGCGUCAGCUCGGGCCGUACCUUUAGUGCUAAAUCAUUCAAUCACAGUUCAGGUAGGACACACUCCAUGUCGAGAUUAGACCAGCUGGCUCAGCCUAAUCGGCGGCCCAUAGCCCAGCAGCACUCCCAGUCAUCACAGCAGCACCAACAGCAAGAUAUUGUUGCUUUGAGCAUGAGCCGUAGUAUGUCGCAUCUGGCGGCUGCGCAUGGGAUCCGGGGGGCUCUCGAGACCCUUCUGCGCGCUGAAAACUCGCGUAGUAUGGGUACGCUGCCGGGCUCUGGGCUGGGGCUCCUAACACCUACGCCUCGAACCACAAAGGCCGAGCAACUCAAGCGCAAAGCUCUCAGACAUCAAAUCCACCUUCAACAGUCACAGCAACAACAGCAGCUGAAUAAUUCAGGUUUUCGAAGCGGUGAAGUGACACCAAGUAGCUUCUCCCGGCCCCAAAGUGCAAUGAGCCAACUGAGUGGAAUAAAUAGUAUAUCCAACGUCGUCAGCGGCAUCGGAAGUACCAUUGGUGUGAGUCUACGGCCCCGCUCGAUAGGUGCACCAAGGCGCCGAAGGCCUGCCUCUAUUGCCGGUACAGGUGUCUCCUCUUCCCCUACCACUACGAGCAACAACAUUAGUGGUGACCUCAGAGCGCAGAAAGAAGCAAAACCACCUCUACCAAGGCUCAACACCAGUAGCAGUAGCAGUAGUAGCUUUGCAUCGAAGAAGCAACAAAUUACUACCAUGGCACUACAAACAUCUACAGUUAUAAAAUCGACCACGUCCGACCGAAAAUUUUUGGGGGUAGGCUUGCGAAGCAAUCGACUGUCGCUUCACUCUACCCCAAAACCGUCGCCACUUCCUAGUCCAGGCAUCGAGCAACUGCCAACACCCCAGCUGGAGCUUACUAAAUUUAACACUAUUCACAAGCAGCAGCAAUCAAUACAGACCACCGAGAACGAGUUCAAACACAAGCUUCUAGUAACAGAUGACUGUAAACCACAGGUCGUCCAACAGAGCAAUAUAGGCAGCAUCACCUUGAACAGUAGCAUGGAAGAAACUGAGUUGGCAGCUAACGAGUCGAGAAACCCAGAGAGCACGACUAGUGAAAUCUUUCUAUCUUCUGAUCCAGUUAUUGUGAUGCCAACGAUGUUUACUCCCACUGAGGAUCAUGCCGAAGUCAUAGUUCCGUUAGAACAGCAAUUUGCUAGCCUGGUAGGAAGUGUGGAUAAAAAGGAAGAGUUUGAUUUGGCCAAACUCGAAGCUGACUUCGAAGAGCAGUGUGACAUGACAGCCUCAAUGAUUCAAAAAUUUCGAAUCAUGACGGAAGAGGAAGCCAAAGCCGCUCUUGCAGAACGUAGAAGAUUAGCACGUGAACAGGCUGAGCGAGAAGCUGAAGUUGAAAGGCAACGAUUGGAAAAACUAGCUUCUUUGGAGGCUGAAAGAUUUCGUGCCGAAGAAGAAGAACAGCGCCGGCUUGAGGAGGAAACGCUGCGACUGGUGCAAGAGGCUCGUGAAGCAGAGGAGCAAAGACUGAAGCAGGCGAUUGAAGAGGCAAGGCGCCGUGAGGAGGAGGAUAAGAAGCGUCGUGAAGAAGAAGCACGGCAAAAAGCUGAGAAAGAAGAGGCUGAGCGCAAGGCAAAGAUAGAAGCUGAAAAGUACGUUAGUGGUAGGGUCAAUUGCGACUACUGCUUAUGCACGACACAACACUCAGUACCAACCCUCGGUAUUUGCACCUAUUGGGAUAUCUCCGGUCAAAUUCUCGUUAGCGUUCUCGUCUACACAAUCCGUGUCUGGGGUACUAAGAGUUUGAAUAGUUAUGUAUUGAUGCGCUGGUAUUUGUAUCACCUGGGACUCGAUCUUAGCCCUACUCAGUAUCCCGUCAGGCGAGAGUCUGUCGAUGCCACACCGCGCUGCUUCAGUAUCGGCCUCGUGACGAGGUCAAGUAUAUGUCCUUGUCUUGGUUCGCAAGCGCACUAUAUGCUAUGCAGCCAACUAUAUACCAUGAGCCAGCACAUCACUGUAGAUUGGCCACCACUGCUGUGCUACCUCUCGGUAAACCGAUACACUGGUAGCUGCCGUUCACACACUCAUACAGCGCACAUAAAUUCCAAGGAUGCAGCAGCAAGCCAUACAGGAGAGAGAAAACUACCCAAGAGACUCUCACCACUGACUAUCGGUGACAAGGGGUCUGUAACGUGUUUGUACAUAUUGCCAGUUUACCACUUGACAAUGUGUCCAUGUCUAAGAUAA